AUGUUGAAUGAGGCUGAUAAAAAGUCAAUAAAAGAGAACGCACAAAAAGCCCUUGAUAUACUCGAUGAUCAGGUCUUCGGAUUGUCAGAACAAGAGAGACAAAUUCACAACAUUGUUUACGAUUUUCUCCAAUCAAAAGACGGGAAAUGCUGUCUGCUCGAAGGCGAACGGAAUUGUGGACGAGAGAGCAUUCUUCAAAAAGUGAUGAACAAGUUCCGUAAAGAGUUACGAGUUAUUAACGCUGGAUUUGUUGCUGCCGAUCCAAAUUAUCAACAGGAGUUGGCUAGAGAAGGAGACGAUGGUUAUUCUGUAUUCUUGAUACGUGAUGCUGACAAACUCAUUACCCCACAGCAACAAAAAUUCCUGUAUACAAUGGUUGAUAAAGCGACACAUUAUUCUUGGCUUGUUUUUUUCUCCAUUUCAAGACAAGACUUUGCACAAAAUCUUCAGAAACAGGCAACAUCUCGUAUUCCUAAAGUUCAGGUUUCAUUUGAUAUGACUCACGAUUUUGAUGAAUUUUGCUCGACAAUGCAGAAGUUUUUGAUUCCUACUGAAUGUGAAAGAGACGAACGCUACACUAAGUUCAUCCUCAGUCUGAAACUGGAAAAGAAGUUGAAGCCUGUAUUCCAAACAAGCCAAUAUGUGACCCUGAAGCAGUUGGCAGCACAACUCCUUAUGCUGUUUGGAUACUAUUGUGAGAACAAUGAAGAUUGGAAUACCACUGUAAUUAACAAGAAAGUAGACGAACUAGUCGAGAAAUGUUUCCCAUAUCACAAUGAAAAAUCUAUUCUGUUAAAAGAUCAGACGUUGAGAUCUCAAAGUGUAUUUUUAUGCGUUUGGAAGCUUUUGCAAGAUAAGGAAUCAGAAGGACUGCUACUUGUUCCGAAAACAUCGUACAGAAAUGUGUUCCUCGCUUACAAAAAACUUGCCAACAAUUAUUACAAGCCUUUGGACGUAAGAAGCGAUAUCUACGUUUACCGCGAAUUAGAUCAUCUUGUUACAAUGGGACUUCUGAAAGCGGACGAAAGCACAAACGUAACCAAUACAUCCUUCAGAAAAAUAUGGCUACACUUCAACAAUAAAAUCGUGCAGGAAACGAUUCCACAACUUUCACUUCCAGAACGGAUUAACGUCUUUCUCGAUACCGUAUUGUGA